GUGUAAUGGUGCAUGCGCAGGCGCGAUUAGUGGGCUCCGUUCUAGAAGCUGAUUUUAAAUUGAGUGGCGCGAGGUUGUAGCGGGGUUCAACUGUAUCGGUGUAGUGUAUUCUCAAUGGAUCCAAUACAUAAUUUCUUCACCAAGUUGAGGACCCUCGCAAUAAAUUUGGAGAAUGAAACCAGAUAUCUAGAUCAUGCUUUGAAUAACGAAUCUGAUCAUGAAGAAGAAGCUCCAAAGAAGAUCCUUCAUGAGUUACAUUCUGAAGUUAGACAUGUAAAGGUUGAUGUUCAAAAACGAGUGGAAACCUUUAAUAAUGAAUGUGGAGAAACUAGUGAAUUAAUUAGAGCCUUCCAAAUACUACAGCAAAAAAAUUGCGCAGAACUUGAAGAAAUUGAAGAACAUUUUCAGAAUUAUGGCUAUGAACCCUUGAUUCGAAAAGAUGAAGAACCACAGGUUAAAUUAAUGAGUACCGAAAUAGAUGGAACUGAAAAUUCUGAACCUGAACCUGAAAAGCCAAAUAAUGAAGUUGUUACUCCAUCACGUGAGAAACCUUUGAAUGACUCCUUGCGUACCCCUCAACUUGAAGACUUUGGACUUGGUCACUUAAUGUUUCAAAGUGCAUGGGGAGAGCCAGAAUGUAAUCGGUCCUCAAAUCCCAAAGUCACUCUGGAAUUCUCUGGAAAUAAGUGUUCUUCAACAUUACAUGGCUCAAUUAUUCCAAAGACACCAAAAUGCACAUUACGGCUGGAUGAUGAGAUGCUUCUCACUCCAAAGUUGGAACAUUUUGGGAUUACCGAGCAUACAGGUUAUGUAAAUGACUUUACUCUGGCACUGUAUAAUAAAUGUGCUCAACCAGAGACAAACAGUGGUAAUCCUUUACCAACAACUGAAGAUCAGUUUGUCAUACCUGUGUCAAAGCAGAUUGAAAAUGCUUCUGCGUCUUUUAUGACACAACAGGCCGAUCCCAACACUGGAGAUUUUCUGAAUUCUCCUUUGUCUCCUGUGUUUUGCACACCGGGUCUGAAAAUUCAUAAAAAUUCCUCCCAAGCUUCAGCAAAUGAAAGGAAAUCAAAUGGCUCUUUACCAUCUCCAGUAUUGCCACGUUUUGAAACCCCAUGGCUGAAAAAGCAAUCCACUUGUCAAUAUUCUGAGAAUGAAAAAACUACUACACCUGUAGAGAAAACUUCUUCAGAUUUAGAGGAGCCUCCACCACCAGCAAUUAGUUCUAUGAAUUACCUUCCAAAUGAAUGCAAUAAUUCACCAUUGCCGCCACUGAUGAUGACUGAACAUGAAAUUCCACAUACACCAAAGGUCCCAGAAAUGACCACACAGAUCACUGCAGAUGUUCUUCAGAUUUUAUUGUCUUAUGAUGCAAAUUUAAGGACUCCACAUGAUACAAGGCACAAAUUUAAUAGACACAACUUGACUUCCAUGAACCUAAUGGCUCCCAUACCCAGAAGGAACUCUGAAAAAGAAAAUGGUUUUUUGGGGGAGUGAUGUAUCCCUCUUUGUCCAGCCUUGAUGAAAAGAAUUUUAAAAGGUAAAUUUGGUGUUGGAAAAGAAAUCUAUUAGAAUAGACAGCAAAAUGUUUGAAUUGUUAUACAAAUGGACAGUUCUGUGCAAUUGAAUUAUUAAGUAUAAGAGCAACUCCAAAGUCACACCAGAGUAAAGGAUGCCGUGUAAACUGUGCUAUGGAGGCAAAAAGUGGUGUCGCUGAAAGUGUUUCCAUUCUUGCAUAUUAAGAUCAGAUCAAAGCUGUAACUAACAAUGAAAAUAAAUUCCAUUUAUAUUUGUUUGCUACCUCUGGGUUAGGGAAAUAAUUUUGGGUGUUUGAAGCCAUGCAUUCAUUAUGUUAAGGUGUAAUAAGAUGCCUUUCGAUGCUGAGAAUGUUAUUGGCAUUUUAAUCAGAUUUUUUAAUGAAAUUUAGGAUUUAGAAGAUUGUGUCAUUUAAUUAAACAACUAGCUUUAGAAGAAGGUGGUGGUAAAGGGCAGGAAAUUGGAAGGAAAAGUGCUGGAGGAACUCGCAGAUCUGGCAGCAUUUGUUUAAAGAGAAGUAGAGUUACCCUUCUGAGUCCAAUAUGACUUUUCAGAACUGCUGAACAGUUCCAAUAAGGAGUCUUUACUGGAUUCAGUUAACGUUUUUCCACCUCAGAUGCUGCCAGACUGGUUAGGCUUUUUUCAGCACUUGGUUUGUAUUUCUGAUCUACUGCACUUUUUGCUUUAAUUUGAAUCCAUAUAUUUUGGCCCUUUCUUCUAAUCUCAAAUUGCAAAUCUUCAAAUCUUCCCCUUGAUGUAUUCAUAAAUAAAGUUGUAUCAAUUAACAAGAGGACAUGUACCAUGUAAUUUCAACUUUUUUAAACUGACAUCUUAAAUUGUAAAUCUUCACCUGCAGAUUUUGCAUUAAAUGGUUUGGAUACUUUUGUUCAUGAAUGUCUUAUAAAUAUCUUGUUGCAUAAAGCCAAAUGAAUUAUUGUAAAUUUUGCAUGAAAUUCUGAGAUGUUUAACAAUGAUUUACAAAUUACUUUUUUGUGAAAAACCACCUCAUGCCUGAUAAUGGUGUAUGUACAUUUGACGGAAGCAACCUUCUUUUUAACGCUACCAGCAGCUUCUGCUUUGAAGAUUCGCAAAGUUCUUCUGUUGUGCAUUGUUGCUAUACAUGAUGCAUUGUUGGAAAGAAGGGAGAAAUUGGUUAAGAGCAUGAUCAAUGACCUAUGAAAACAGUUAUCCUAACUUGAACUGAGACAAAAUUAUAGAGUUGGAGUUCUUUGAAUAUGUGCGUUCAUGGAAAAAUAGUACUACGUUGUGUGCGGCCCCUGUCAGUGUUACAAAUGAUUGUCAAAUUCUACGAUACAAGAGGCAACAUAUCAGUUGCCUGUGACCAAUAUUUUUACUGGGUGUAAACUUGACUAGUGUUAACACCUCACUGCAUAAUCUGACCACAUAUCAAACUGUCAUAGAGUUGUACAGCACGGAAACAGUGUUCAAUCCAACUUGUCCAUGCCAAUCAUGUUUCUAAACUAACCUAAUCCCACUUGCCUACAUUUGGCCUGCAUCCCCCUCAAUUUUUCCUACUAGUGUAUCUGAACAAAUGUCUCUGAAAUGUUUGUAGCUGUACCUGCAUCUAAGACACAACCUUCCCUUAACAAAAGUAUGCUAACUAUCUCCAAUUGAUCUGUGCUUUUCCAAUUGUUGUAAUCUCAAUAUUGAUUAUCGUCAUUUGCCCACCAGAGGUUUGACUGACUGGCCAUUAAUUAUUUGGCCUAUCCCUCUCAAACAUUAUAAGUAACAAUAUAGUUGCAAUCCUGCUUUGGAUGCAAUUCAUCUGGCCCUGACUAGCUAUCGUCAAAGAAGACAGUGCCCUUCUAGUACUUGUCUUCUCAUUUUAAUUUAAUAUUUUACACUGCUCCUCCUUGAAUCGAAUGCCUGCAUCAUCCUUCUCAUUUAAGACAACAGGGAUGAAGGACACAUUUAAAACCAAACAAGUUAUCAUGCCAGUCUCUGAAAAAACCAUACCAUUUCCUUAAUAAUUUGUUCCUAAUGUACUGGCAGAUUAUUUUUGGAUUUUCCUUAAUUUUACUGAUCAAUUUUUUUCAUUACCCCCAUGCUUUCCAAACUUCUAUUUUUCAUGUUACUCCUGCAUUCUCUAAUCUGCAAGCGUCCCAAAAGAUUUACUUUUUUUUUGUGACUAUCAUAAUUGCACUUUUUGUGCUUUGGUACUUUUAUAUUUUGUCUUGCCCUCUAUUUUACUGGAUAAUCAGCUGAGCUCUACAUUUGGCAGUACCACACUUUCUACUAUGAGCAUGUACCUACAAUGUAUGCAGAAUUGCACUUUUGAAUGCCUCCCACUGACUUUAUCCAGUUCACCUUUGUCAGAUCCUCAGCUUUGUAAUGCUGCUUUCUCGCAACUUAGAACUUUUUACUCCUAGGAAAAGACAGGUGGCGCUGUGGCUCAGCAGUUAGCACUACUGCCUCACAGCACCAGGGGCCUGGGUUCAAUUUCCCCUCAGGCAACUUGUCAGUGUGGAGUUUGCACAUUCUCCCCAUGUGUGUGUGGGUUUCCUCCUAGUGCUCCAGUUUCCUCACACAGUCUAAAGAUGUGCAGGCUAGGUGGAUUAGCCAUGCUAAAUUGCCCCGGUGUUCAGGGAUGUGUAGGUUAGGCAGGCUUGGGGAAUGGAUCCAGGUGGGAUUCUGAGGGUUGGAGUGGACUUGUUGGGCCAAAGAGCCUGUUUCCACACUGUAGAGGUUCAAUGGUAAAUCUCACUGUAUUAUGAUCACUGUCCAAAUUGGCCACCAAUGUUACUUCAUUCGCCUGCCCACUUUAAUUAAGACGCGCUAUAAUCUGCCCUUUUUUUGAUGAAUUUGUGCUGGCUAAAAAGGCUGUCUUGAUUUGUGUUUUAAGAAUUUUGUUCCCUCCUUGACCAUCAUACAGCAUGUAUGCCAACUGAUAUUGGGAUAGUUGAAGUCCCCAACCAUGUGUUGUUUUUCUACCGUGAAAUUUGCCCACAUUUGCUCCUCUGUCUCUUUCAGUUUUGGGCCGUAUAGAAUAUGUACAAUAGUUCGGCUGUCCCCUUUUUUUUGGUUUUGAACUUAAUCCACAAAAUGAGGCCUCAUCUCACACUUCAUUUAGGAUAUCCUGAAUUCUCUCCACUGUAAUCAAUAAUUUAAAUAAGAAUGCUGUGUAUCCCUUGUUUUUUUCAAUCCUCCUCCCUAACAUGCUGAAAUUGCUGUAUCCAGGGAUGCUCAGAUGCCUGUGUCGACAGCUCCUUGGCUUUAUUUGCUGUACUUAUGUUAACGUACCUGUGUAAGCAACUUUACUUCAAAGAAAGGAACAGCAAGGUUUGCAGCUGUUCAAGGACAGAAAAGGUGCUAUAGAUGAGUUCGAUUACUAAUUGUGGAACUUGUAUUUAACCCUGUUCUAAAAUACAAAAACACUUUAAUUACAAUACUGUUCAAAUUGUAGAUUUCAUCUUAACAUUUUUCUGUAAUUUGUUCGAUGUUUCCUAAAUGUUCACCUUUUUCUAUCGUUGACAUUUAAGCGACUGCUGGACAUGCACAUGGACAGCAGUGAAUUGAGGGGAAUGUAGGUUAGGUUAUGUUAUUUUUGGAUUAGGAUUAUUCCGCGGCACAACAUCGUGGGCCGAAGGACCUGUACCAUGCUGUACUUUUCUGUGUUCUAUGUUCUCAUCCCACCCCCUUGACCUGUCCCGUCCCUACCUCCCCACCUACACUCACCUCUACUGGCUCCAUCCCUGCCUCUUUAAUUUUGUCUUCUCUCCACCUUUUCUCCUCCUCUAUCCAUCUUCGAUCCACCUCCCCCUCUCUCCCUAUUUAUUUCAGAACCCUGUCCCCCUCCCCCUUUUCUGAUGAAGGGUCUAGGCCCGAAACAUCAGCUUUUGUGAUGCUAAGAUGCUGCUUGGCCUGCUGUGUUCAUCCAGCCCCAUACUUUGUUAUCUUGGAUUCUCCAGCAUCUGCAGUUCCCAAUAUGUCUGACCUAGCCACUGAUGUCCUCACCCCAUGAAUGAAUAAAUGAAUGAGCGAGAAGCCAAUGAAUCAUCUUCCCAGAACACUUGCCAAACUACUUUUGAUUACUUUUGGUCACAAAUACUUCCUUGAAUCAGUUCAGUUUUUCUGUCUCAAAGAUUGGUGAUUGUUGGAUUUCUAGCAAUUCAAUUAUUCUUUUUGCCGACAUUUAGUUUAUGUCUCUUUAAUUUGAAUGUCAUGAUGUCAUUUU